UUAAAAAUUAAACCAAUUUAAGCUUGAGAAUUUUAUAUGAAAAUCGAUCGAGUUUAGUUGAAAAUUAGUAAGAGACACGUAAAGUUGCAAAGCGUCUCAGAGUUUGUAAUCAUUAAAAAUGUCUAUAAGAUAUUGUCGCAAUAACUUUUUGUUGUUGCUGUUAUUCGCCUAUAUCCAACAAGGAAGAACACAAUCGGAAGAAAACGAUUCCUGCCAAACGGAUAAUUAUGAAGGCAUAUGCACAGUAGUUGCAAAUUGUCCGCACUUGCAACCCACUAUGGACGCAAUGCAACUUACUAGCAAGGAUGUGGGUCAUUGUGGAUACAAUAUACGUGAAGAGAUUAUUUGUUGUCCCAUGUAGAGAGAUUGAAAAGGAUCUUAUGCCAAAUUCAGUAGUUCAUAUACUUGGCGGCGAACCCGUAGCCUUUGCAGAGUAUCCACAUGUGGCUAAAAUUGUCUAUGACACAGAUGACGUGACGUGCGGUGGUACAUUGAUCGAUAAACGUUUCGUUCUGACUGCAGCUCACUGCAUAGAAACGAGGGGCAGUAAAGCUUUGAAAGUCAUUUUGGGUGUAACGGACUUUAAUGAUGCCGAACAAUGGCAAACGCGACUCGAGGUGGAUAUUAAGGCCACCUACGUACACGAGAACUAUUCAAGCUUUUUCAAUUAUUUUGAUAUUGGCUUGAUUGAAUUGGCUAAAGAUGCUGCCUAUAGUGUCAAGGUUUAUCCAACUUGCCUGCACACUGAUCUUACGGAUCUGCCAGAGAACACCGAACUGAUUGUGACCGGUUGGGGAGUCACCGAAAAUAAGACAACUUCAGCUCGCUUGUUGGCAGCCAAACUGAAUGCGGUAACGCUUGCACAAUGCAACAUUAGCUAUGCCGAUCAGAUGGAUCGUCAUUUACUUCAUGGCAUUGACGAGACACAGCUUUGUGCGUUUGCUCCGGGGCGAGAUGCUUGUUGGGGUGACUCAGGCGGUCCAUUGCAUCUAGUCAAAGAUAAAUCGUUUGGCAAUUAUAGAGUUGUUGGUGUCGUUUCGUUUGGUUUACUUUGUGGCACAAAGUUACCCGGUGUCUAUACUAGGGUGGCGGAAUUUUUGGACUUUAUCGAAAGCAUUGUUUGGCCGGAUGAUACGAUUUUCUUUGCACUGCAGAUUUGUUUAGUAAGCUUACGCUCUUCCCUUCCACGCGGCUCAGAAACAAUAAUGUUUAUACCGUCCCUUGCAUUGAGACGCGCAGCGAAAUUUCGGAUUCACGUGCUUGUAUUAAUAACUGCAUUUUUUCGCAUUUCGAAUGCAAUUCCGGUACCAGCCUCUAGAGGAACGGGCGCGGAUGAAGGCGACGCUUGUGUAGUGAAAGAGGGUGUCAUUGGAAAAUGUGCUCUACCCCGAAAUUGUCCAGAUCUCACAAUGCAAAUGCAAAUUCACGGGCUUUCAAGAAAAGAUGUAGUCCGAUGUGGUUUCACAACGUAUGAUGAAAUAAUUUGCUGUCCCUUGAAAACGUCUACAAAUGUGCUGGGAAUUUUCAACACUACCGACAAUUUCUUAAAUGAUAAUAGGAAUUCGAAUGGCGUUAAUAAUACGCGAGGCGAUUUUGGUGGACAGCAGCGAAAAGCACUAAAAGCUUGUCGCUUACUCGAGCAAUAUUUAGAGCCCUACACCGUGCCACUCGUCCUGGGCGGCGUACCGGUAUCGCCGGGCGAAUAUCCACACAUGGCUGCAAUCGGCUAUGCGUCGAUCAAUGCAGGUGGACCGCCCUAUGAGAUACGUUGUGGUGGCACGCUUAUAGCUAAACGCUUUGUAUUGACAGCAGCGCAUUGUGUUAAUCGUCGUGAUAGCGUACCGGUUAUUGUACGUUUGGGUGUUACCGAUUUUAACGAUGCCGAUCAAAUGAAAAAUGCUGUAGAUGUACCCAUUGAGCUCGUACAUAUUCAUAAGGAUUACGAUAGUCUGCAGAAGUACGAUGACAUUGCUAUAAUCGAGCUAAAAAACGAGAUCGAAUACUCAUCUUUAGUAUUUCCGGCUUGUCUGCAUACAGAGGUGGCUGAUCCGCCCGCAAGCGCAGCACUCAAUGUUACCGGCUGGGGCACCACUAACUUGAAAACUCGCACGAAAUCCGAUGUCUUGCUGACGGCGCGCGUCAAAAUCACUUCAGUCGCAGAUUGUAACGCGUCCUAUGCGCGCGAAGGCCUCUUACCAAGUCGCGGCAUAUUGGAUUCACAAAUGUGCACACACGAUCCGAAUUCGAUCAGCGACGCCUGUUGGGGUGACUCCGGCGGUCCGCUUAAUCUCAUCCUUGACGAAAAAUAUCGGCGAGUACAUGUCAUCGGUAUUGUGUCGGCUGGUAGUGGCUGCGCCAGCGUAACUCCAAGUCUUUAUACGCGUGUUGCUGCGUAUUUGGAUUUUAUUGAGGGCAUCGUGUGGAAGGAUUUAUGA